GAACAGUUGUUACCUGACUUUUCUCCCCCCUAGCUGCUCAUGAGUGUGCAGCGGUAGGCUCUCUGACGUUGUGGUGCAGGUCUGGAGUGUUGCACAGGCCCAGUGCUGCAGGUUGUCCGGUAGGGUGCCCGCCGAGCUACAAGCAUGCUGUUGAUGUCAGGAGCAGAGGAGGGGAACGUGAGCAAUAGCUGAAAACUGUCGGUGCUCUUCUGUAAGGAAACAAACCACGUUUAACUGAACGUCUCACCGCCACCGGAUCAGCCCUUUAGCGACGCAUUAGCAGGCACCGCUCGUUUCUCUUUUUUUUGUGGUUAUUUAAUGGGACAGCGAAAAACGCAGAAAACGCAAGGUAGGCUACCGCUCCUGUCGCGAGCUCUGCUACUUUAUUUUCAUGGACUAAUACGACACACACACACACACACACACACGGGGGGGUUGAGAAAUGUUUCACUGGAAGGUAAAACGCUCGUCUUCGAAGACAAUGUUUGGUUGUUAACGCUAGCUGGACCGUUUACGUGGAUAUUUUGGGUCGGGCUCGUGAAUGUAUGAAGUGCUCGGACGUUGUAUGUUGUUUUGAAAAGCGUCGGUCAGGCUUCAUCUCUUCAUGCCUCAAACCGACCAACCACAUGAGAAGUCGACGUCCGGACUAAAUUAAACCACAAAGAAAAAGGGCCCUCCUGUUUUCACCGCGGUCACCUGAACAGACGAGGAGGACAAUGCGCGUGGAUCUGUUUUGGAUAUGUUUGUGGUGUUUCCUCCGUCCUGGUGCCACCGGUCAAGGGCAGUCGACGGCCGUGUGUUCGCCCUCAUGCAGCUGCGAUGAAGAUGGGGGUGCAGACUGCUCCGGGAGAGGGCUCACCGCCGUCCCAGCCGGGCUCAGUGCUUUCACCUACUACCUUGACCUGAGCAUGAACAACAUCACUGAGCUUCCAGCAUUCGUAUUCAAGAACUUCCCCUAUCUGGAAGAACUACGACUUGCAGGGAAUGACCUGUCAUUCAUCCACCCUGAAGCCCUGUCUGGACUGCAUCAGCUCAAAGUCCUAAUGCUCCAGAAUAAUCAGCUGAAGACUGUGCCCAGUGCAGCCCUGAAGACUCUUCUUUCUCUCCAGUCUCUUCGGCUGGAUGCGAACCACAUCACUACAGUUCCAGAAGACAGUUUUGAAGGCCUUCAGCAGCUGCGCCACCUCUGGUUGGAUGAUAACAACCUGACGGAAGUCCCGGUCGGUUCUCUGAGACACCAGGCGAACCUGCAGGCUCUGACGUUGGCACUCAACCGCAUCUCGCACAUACCAGACAAUGCCUUCGCGAACCUUACCAGUCUAGUUGUGCUACAUCUUCAUAACAACAGAAUUAAGGAGAUAGGAGACACCUGUUUUUCUGGACUCGUGAACCUGGAGACACUAGAUCUUAACUUCAACAACCUGAUGGUUUUUCCCAAAGCUAUAGAGGCCCUGCCCAAACUCAAGGAACUCGGGUUUCACAGCAAUGAUAUUGCCUCCAUCCCUGAAGGGGCCUUCCAUAACAACCCCCUGCUGCGAACCAUACAUCUGUAUGACAACCCGCUGUCCUUCGUGGGCGCUUCGGCUUUCCAGAAUCUGUCUGACCUGCACUCUCUGAUGCUGCGUGGGGCCAGCAUGAUGCAGGACUUCCCCAUCCUUACGUGGACUAAUAACCUGGAGAGUCUGACCCUGUCGGGAACCCAGAUAUCGUUCAUCCCCGCUGAUCUGUGUGAGAACCUCAAGUUGCUUCGGACACUAGACCUGUCCUACAAUGAGCUCAAGGAGCUGCCAUCCCUCCAGGGCUGCAUCCGACUGCAGGAGAUAAGCUUUCAACACAACCGUAUUCAACAGAUAGACAGGGACACUUUCCAGGGGCUCUCUGGACUCCGUUUACUAGACCUGAGUAGAAAUGAAAUCCGAGUUAUCCACAGAGAUGCUUUCCUCUCCCUCACUGCGCUCACCAACCUAGAUCUGAGUCUGAACUCUCUGACUGUGAUUCCAACAACUGGACUGAGCGCACUCAGUCAGUUGAAACUCUCGGGGAACCCGCAGAUGAAAAAUGUCUUGACUGCAAACAACCUGCCCAAACUCAGGUCCAUCUCUGUCCCGUAUGCCUACCAAUGCUGUGCUUUCGUUGGAUGUGACUCAUCGGCGGGUUCAUCUGAGGAAAACGACGUCAAGAAAUCUGCAGGACGGGAGGAUGUCGAAAGAAUUUCAAUGCUUAUGCAUUGCUCUCCUUCCCCAGGAGCCUUCAAGCCUUGUGAACACUUGCUGGGUAACUGGAUGAUUCGUCUGACGGUCUGGUUCAUCUGUCUGGUGUCGUUGGUCUUCAACAGCCUGGUGCUGGUGGCCACCUUCUCCCCCACACACAGAGCCGCAGGCCAUUCCCACUCCCUAGCUCCGUCUCUUUCCCCAGCCCGGCUUCUGAUGGGGUUACUGGCCCUGGCCAACCUGCUAACAGGCAUGUAUGUCGGCGUGCUGACCAUGCUCGACGUUGCCACCUGGGGCUCGUUUGCUGAGUUCGGUGUGUGGUGGGAGAUGGGACCCGGCUGUCAGGUCACAGGAGCUCUGGCCGUCUUCUCGUCAGAGUGGGCGGUGUUGUUACUCUCACUGGCGGCCGUGGAGCGCAGCGUGGCCGUGCGUACGAUACUCGGCAAGGUAAUGAUGUCACCCAGGAGGAACGUCGGCAGCCAUCGCGGGUGCUGGAGAGGAGAUCGACGCUUCAGCCUUGCUGCGGGACUACUGGGGCUGCUGGCUGCUGCUGGAGCCUGCCUGCCUCUCCUGACUUUAAGUGACCAAUCGGCCUCUCCUCUCUGCCUGCCCUUUGCUGGUGGAGAGAGUCCAGCUCUGAGUGUUACAGUUGUUCUGGUGCUGCUCAAUGCGCUGGCUUACUUGUUCACUGCAGCUGUGUACACCCAGCUGUACUGCCACCUGGGCAGGGUGGAGCUGGCCGAUCCGGAGCAAACAGGUGCCCUGCGACACGUGGCCUGGCUCAUCUUCACCAACUGCAUCUUCUUCUGCCCCGUGGCAGCUUUCUCCUUCGCCCCUCUCUUAACUGGCUCUACAGCCGGCGGCCCAGAGAUCGCCAAGUCUGUCAUCCUCAUUUUUUUCCCGCUGCCGGCCUGCCUGAACCCAGUGCUGUAUGUGUUCUUCAGCCCGGCCUUCAGGGAGGACUGGCUGAGACUACGCGGCUGCGGAGGAUUGACUCGGGAGGUGAAGGCUGGUACUGAAAUUCACGGAGAUGCUGGUGGCGGAGGGUCAGAGCUCACAGACAGUGGCUCCUCCACCCACCUGGGCUUUGACUGUGGGAUGUACUCCCAGCUUUGUGGAGAGACUGUUGUAUGCGAGCAGUGCGAGGCUGCACUGCAUGCCAGGACCUGCUCCUCUCCCUCGUCCUCCACAGUCUGUAGACACUUGAUGAAGUCUCACAGCUGUCCCACCCUCCUGGCGGGAGCAGCAGUCUGCCAGCGUGCUGAGGGGUUUUGGGCAGACAGCAGCACACCCUCUGCUCAGUCUGAGUACGCAGACGAGGGGGACUCGUUUGUGUCGGACAGUUCAGACCAGGUUCAGGCCUGUGGCAGAGCCUGCUUCUGUCAGAGCAGAGGCCUUCCGCUGGUACACUACUCAUACAACAUACCUCGAGUCAAGGACUGAGGACGCUUCAGAGCUCCAUUACGUCUGUGCACAGAUCUCUCUGUCAUGUGAAUUUAGAUUCUACAAGAAUAUAUAAACAAUUUUAUAUCGAACAACAAAAUGUGCCAACUACCCUGCUAAAAGACUUUUCAGCAAGCACUUAUGUUUGUAAUUACUGUGUAAACGGAUGCAACCAAUCAUUUAAAGGGAACUUGGUGUGCUUUUGGAACUUGGAGACCAUUUCUACUUGAGCUGAACUGAGCACAUCAUGUUACAAACUGGUCAGCAAAGGAAAAUCUUGCCACCAGUGCCUGCAUCUUGCUUUCGAUUGGAUCUCAUUAUGUCGCCAGCCUCAAUGUACGUGUCAAAGAUGUUGUGAUUUCUCUGUUUUACCUGUGCUUAUAAGCUUUUUCAAUUUUACUUGUUACACAUCUUGUCAAUUUUUAGGGUUUCUUCACAGCUACUCUUGAUUUUAUACUUUGAUUUUUUUUUUUUUUUUUUUUAAAUAAAUGUAGCAAAUGUAAUAAUCAUCCUAGACUUUUCUGUGUGAAUGUAACUUUCAGGUGGUCUUCACCUACCAGAGGGGAAUAAUGUAACGUCAUCAAUAACCUCUGCCCCGCCUGCCUGUGAUCGUGAUCUAUCGGCGUGAGGAUGGUAUAACUAAACGCCAGUCUAUAAUAAACAUGUCUUUGCUUUAAUUUACUCAGACUAAGAAUGUGAUCAAAGUAGCAGAUAUCCCUGUUAUAGCAACAGCUGUGCUUGGUGGCGGUGAAUCAAUGUUAUUUAUUGUUUGAGCUGCAGGAGGGUGGAGACGAUGUCAGGUGGCCUUUGAAUGAUGAAUAUACAAUAUUACCCAAGCAUUCACCAAAACAACAGCACUUCUCUUUGUUAACUUCUUAACCAAAAACUAUUACACACAUGAAGUUUUAGGUCAUUAUUGUCAUUGGUUCAUUUUUACAUCAUUUUCUGAGUUUUGGCCGUCAUGCUGUUUGAUUAUCAACCUUUUACUUUAUUUUUCUUACCUGCAGAGCUUCAUCAAACCCAACAAGCAUUUCGUUUUCAUAGCAGUAGCGUCUCAAUAAUUAGAUAAGACCUGCUUUCAUCAGAUGGUCAGAUUAAUGUUGUAGAGUCAUUGCUCUGUUGAGUGUAGUGUGUUUAAUGAGCAUACAUAGUUUACUUUCAAUAAAACCUUCCAAUUGAUGUUAAAAAGUUCACAUCAAUCAAAGGAUUCAUUUAACAUUUUGGGAGAUACAUGUACUCCCUGUCUUGCUGACAGUAGGGUGAGAACAUCAAUUCCACUCGUCACAUAUCUGUGUGAACUAUUAAGCUACAGCUAGCUGCUGGUUAGCUUAGCUAAGUAUAAAGACGUGAAGCAGAGAGAAACAGUCAUUUUAAUCUGUUCAAAAACUGAAGGA